AUGGGUAUUCGGAAUAUUAUUGUUGUCUCCAUAUCUCUAUUUUUGCUCAUUAUUUUAACAACGUAUUUUAUAAAAACUAAUAAUAAUAAUAAUCAAUUUACACCAGCGCCUACUAAUCUUUUUAAAUAUCAUUAUAAUAAAAACAAAAAAAAUUUAGUGAAUAUUAAUUCUAAAAUUAUUGAACAUACAGCUAAUAUAGAAAAAUCUCGUUUCAUUGCACAAUCUGAUUUAAUUAAAAUUGCCAAUCAUGCAAUAUCACUUUAUGUUCAUUUUGAUUUAAAAGGUGCUCCACCUAAAAUAUCUUAUUUUGAAAAGCUUUUUCCAUUGUUACAUAAAUUGGGUGCAAUAGGAAUUUGUAUAGAAUAUGAAGAUAUGUUUCCAUUUGAUGGUAUUAUUAGUUCAAUUAAACAUAAACAAGCCUAUACAAAAGAUGAUAUUGGAAAAAUUAAUCAACUAGCUAAAGACAAUCAUUUAGAUAUUAUGCCUUUAUUACAAACUUAUGGUCAUUUAGAAUUUUUAUUAAAACUAGAAGAAUUUCGUGAUUUACGUGAAAAUCCAAAAUAUCCUCAAGUAAUAACACCAUGUAUAAAUAAAACGUAUACAAUACUUUUUGCCAUGAUUGAUCAAUAUUUAAGUUUACAUCCAAAUAUACGUUUCUUUCAUAUUGGUCAUGAUGAAGUUUAUUAUUUUCUAACAAAUCCUGCAUGUGAAGAAUUUAAACGUUUAACUGGCAUUUUAACACAUUUUGAUUUAUUUGCUUAUCAUCUUAGUAUAAUUGCUAAUUACAUAAAAGGAAAAUCUCCAAAUAUAAUUUUAUUCGCUUGGCAUGAUGUUUUACAAAAUUUAAAUUUACAAAUUUUACAAAAAUAUAAUUUAAUCAAUAUAAUCAAUCCUGUUUUAUGGUCUUAUAGAGAAGAUAUGAGUGUAGAAGGAUUUGUUAUUGGUCCACAAGCAGAUUUGUUUGGACAAUUCAAAACUUUAUGGGGUGCAACGGCAUUUAAAGGUGCAAGAAAUGAAAUUGCGACAACGAGUGAUGUUAAACGUUACUAUCAAAACCAAAUAUCAUGGAUAAAACAAUUAGAUUCAUAUAUUCCAACAAAAUGGAAAAAUUUUGAUGGAAUUAUUUUAACCGGAUGGUCACGUUAUGAUCAUUUUCUUUCAUUAUGUGAAUUAUUACCUUAUUCAAUUCCAUCAAUGGCUUUUUCUAUAGCUGCAUGGCAAGAACAAUUUAAAAGUCUUCCAAAUAUUGAUAUUUUUCCGAAUAUACUACACAAUUACGUACAAAAACAAUUGGAAUGUUCAUCACCACUUCAUUUAAAUGUUCAAGAUCAUACAACGAAAAUCAUACCUAAAUGUAAAUUUCCUGGUGCUAGUAUAUAUGAAUCAAUGAUAUCUUUAUCUCAAAUUUGGAAUCAAGUUCAAGAAGCUGAAUCAUUUGUUGAUAAAUAUGUAACUGAUCUUCAUAUUAAAUAUAAUUAUAUUCAUAUAAAACGUGGCGAAGAAUGUUUACAAAAAUUAACACCAUCUAUAGAAUUAUUAAAAAAAUUUAUUUCAUCAUUUAUUGAAUCAAUGAAUGAAGUAUUUCCGCCACAAGUUGCUAUUGAAUGGCUUGAAACUUAUUUCAUGAAACGUUACCGUUUAGUUAAUGAACGAUAUGAAUUUAUACAAAGUGCUGUUCACGAACAAAAAUCAUGGUUACCUAGACCAAUACCAAAUAUAGAAAAACUUGAAAUGAAUUAUAAAAAUAAAACAUAG